CACGUCAUCUUUUAUUAUUAUUAAAGUAUUCGUUAAAUUUUUUAUUUAAGUGUUUAUGUUAAAACUAAAUUAAAAAUGAAUUGCAAUUACAAUUUAAUUGUAUUGAUGUGGUAUAAUGAAAGUAAUAUGACUUGGAUUACAAAAUAUUGAGGUGGUAACGAAAAACACAAAUUCAAUUUUAUUGAUAUGGAUGCGGGAGUGGUCAAUUUUAUUUAUCUAUUUCUCAAGUCCUCCAGACGGUCAAAUGAUACCGUGGAAGAGUCAAAAUGGGAAUUGAGUAUUGACUUUUCAGUUCUCUCGUUUUGUCCCAGCAAUCGUACCGUUUCUCCCGGCGAGUAAAGUAGUUAUGUUUUCAGUCCUCUUGCUUAUUGUCUGGAAGAUUGCAAAAUGUCACGACCACAAACGAUUGGUUCUGGUAGAAGCCGUUCACACGGAGUAGCUUAGCGAGGAGGAAUCAUGAUGUUAAGAAGACGACUGAUAACUUCAGAACGAACGAUUUCGUCGCCGUUGUGUGUUAACAAGUAGAAAGCGGUUGGUUCUGGUAGAAGAAGCUUCUGAGCAGGAGUGCGAGAGAGGAACAGUUGAUGGCGAAACCGGGCACGAAAUGCUAUGUGGGAAAUCGACGGCGAGAGAGUUCCGAGACAGGAUCUCCGGCGAAAGAAGGUCGCAGCAGACGGUAUAGGCAGCCAGCAUGCUCCGUGGAGUCCAACUUGAUUGUCGAUGAAGAUGAGGUUCCAGGUGAGUUUAGACAAGGGGAGACGAGCGGCAUUAGGGCUAGGAAGGCCUCUGGAACAGCGGAAUGCGCUGGUGGAGAUCGGAAUCAUGAGGAGAAGGAGAGUGAUACGAUGGCAAUCGAUCAAGGCGGCGAGAACGAGAUCGAGACCGUGGAAGGAGCAUGUGGGAGUGGCGGCGAGGGAGUGAAAGAGACUGUGGAUGGGGGAAAAGAGGAAGCUGAGGAGAGUAGUUUGAAGGUUUAUAGGAGAAGGGGGAGGAAGGGGUUGGAAGAAAUUGAGGUUUCAUUUAAGAAAAAACCGCGGGAGAGGAGUUAUACGAAGGCUGGAAAGGCCUCUAAAACUCGGGAAGUUCGUCCUCUAUGGAAGAAAGUGUAUGGAGAUCUAGAUUGUGCGAGGAAUCGUGAGUUUACCCAGAACUACUGUAUGAUGUGCCAUCAAUGCCAAAGGAAUGAUAAAGGUGGCGUUGUUCGCUGCAGCAAAUGUAAAACCAAGAGAUACUGCUUCCCUUGCUUAUCAAAUUGGUACCCUAAGUUGACGCAUGAAGAGGUUGCAGCUGCCUGUCCUUUUUGCUGUAACAACUGCAAUUGUAAAGCUUGCUUGCGUAGGGAUCUCCAAGUAGAGGACCUGUGGUCACUGUUGAAACUGGAACUUACUGUAGAUGAAAGCAGACGACAUGCUGAAUUCAUCUUACAAUCAAUUUUGCCUUUCUUGAAGCAAAUAGACGAGGAGCAGUUAAUGGAGAGCAAGAUUGAUGCAGGAAUCCUAGGGGUGCCAAUUGAAGAUUUAUAUGCAGAAAAAGCUGAAUGGUCUGCAAACAAGCGCAUCAUCUACUGUGACAUCUGCAAGACUACUAUUUUCGACUACCAUAGACAUUGUUUGGAAUGUGAAUCUAAUAUUUGCCUUUCCUGCUGCCGUGAGAUCCGUGAUGAUAAUCUUCGUGGCAAUGUGCCAAGUGUGGAUAUAAAAUACAUUGAUAGAGGAUUUGACUACUUACACGGUUGUGCAUGCGAUGAUAGUAUGCGUAGAAAUGCACGUCAUGUUAUAGUGCCUGGUGAGGUAUGUUCGGAGGAACCUCUUGCUCCGAAACCAAAAACUUCCUGGAAAGCAAAUAGUGAUGGUGCCAUUGCUUGUGCCUGUGGUUCUGGCACUUUAAAACUCCAAACUCUGUUUUCUGGUAAUUGGGUUUCCAAGCUGGUGGAGAGAGCAGACAGUGCUGUUAAAGGACUCGAGAUUGAUUUGGCUAGCCCUUCUUCCAGUGGUCAAUGUGCCUGCUGUAAUUCUAGCGGGGAUCCUGAAGUGAAACACGAUAGGUUAAUGAAGGCUUCAUCCCGUGAAGGAUCAAGUGAUAAUUACUUGUUCUAUCCAAAUGCUAAUGAUUUGACAGAAGAAGGAUUUGAGCAUUUUCGCCAACAUUGGAUGAAGGCUGAACCCGUACUUGUUAGCAAUGUGCUUGAAACUGGAUCUGGCCUAAGCUGGGAGCCUAUGGUCAUGUGGCGUGCUUUCCGCCAAAUAAAAAAUGAAAAUUAUGACACAUUCUUGGAGCUGAAGACGCUUGAUUGUUUGGACUGGUGUGAGGUGGAUAUUAAGGUUCACAAGUUCUUUGAAGGAUAUUCCAAGGGGGAAUUUGAUUCUAUGGGGUGGCCUCGGAUAAUGAAGUUAAAUGACUGGCCACCGUCUGCUAUGUUCCAUGAACGCUUGCCACGACAUGGUGCUGAGUACACCUGUUGUUUGCCCAUUAAGGAGUACACUCAUCUUGCGGAUGGGCCUCUGAAUCUUGCAGCCAAACUUCCUAAGAAUAGUUUGAAGCCAGAGAUGGGGCCAAAGACAUAUAUAGCUUAUGGGUUUCCCCAAGAGCUUGGCCGUGGAGAUUCUGUGACGAAGCUCCACUGCAACAUGUCUGAUGCGGUAAAUAUUUUGGCACACACAGAAGAGACUGCCUAUAAAAGCUUCAAACUUGCUACAAUAAAUGCAUUGAAAAAGAAGCACUUUGAGCACAACAGAAGAGAAUUAUUAUGUAUUGGCAAAGCUUUGAAUGUCAUAGACGAAACUGAGAAUGAUGGCAACAAUAAAGUUAACCACGAAAUUCCGUAUGAGAAUACUUAUUCUGAGGAAUCGGAAUUGAACUCUUCGGAGGGCCAAGUGGAAAGGACCAAGUGCGAUGAAGGGUCCAACAGUUCGGAAUCUAGAGUGAAAAAUCAUUGUCCUGAGGAAUCAAAACUGAACAAUUUGGAGAUGCAUGUCGAAAGGACCAAGUCUCGUGGUGCGCUUAAUAGUUCAGAGACGGGAGUGGAAAGGAAUGAGUGUGGUGUUGAAGCUUCAAGCAGUUCCGAGACCAAAUUAGAAAGAACCAAGUGUGGCGAGUUGCCAAAUAGUUUAGUAGGGGGAGGUGCUCUAUGGGACAUCUUUCGAAGAGAAGAUGUUCCCAAACUGCAGGAAUAUCUUCUCAAGCAUUUCAAGGAAUUUAGGCACAUUCAUUGCUCCCCAUUGCCUGAGGUCAUCCAUCCCAUACAUGAUGAAACCUUUUAUUUGACCGAGGAGCAUAAAAGGAAGCUGAAGAAAGAAUAUGGUGUUGAACCAUGGACUUUCAUCCAGAAACUUGGUGAUGCCGUCUUUAUCCCUGCUGGCUGUCCUUAUCAAGUGAGAAAUUUGAAGUCGUGCAUCCAGGUAGCAUCCCAUUUUGUCUCCCCUGAAAACGUUGGAGAGUGCAUUCGUCUGACGGAGGAGUUCCGUCUUCUUCCACUGAACCACCAGUCUAAGGAAGACAAGUUGCAGGUGAAGAAAAUGUGUCUAUAUGCUAUGAAUUGGGCACUGGAAAUUCUGGUCCCUCCAGAAGAAACACUAGUAGAUGAAGAAGGCUCGGAAAAGGAAGAAUAUCAAUCAAAGAAACGAAAGAAGGCGGGAUCCAUGCCUUCAGCGAAGAGGAGGAAGAAACCCAAGAAGUCCAAGCAAUAAGAAUAACAAGUCUGGCUUCGCGUUAUAUUCUCCGAUUCGCGGUCCAGCUUUCAGUUUCAGUACUUACAAGUGAGUCCCUCUCUCAGUUCCCAGGCAGCUAGGCCAUUUUGUCGGUGUCGCUUUUGGGCAACAGAAGAUCAUAAGAGUUGGCUAGGGACUGGGAGCUAAGUAUAAGAUACUUGCAGACCAGAGACUGAUAAUGUACAGUCUGUAACAUGUAAUGCUACGCUUACCCCUAACUAGGUACGCCACUGCUGUUUAUAUGUCAGAAAACGAUGGCGUUUUGGAUGCAUAGUUCUUACGUAUGAUCUGAUGUUCUAACCAGAAACCAAAAGGUUGCACAGUUUUCAUGAGUGGUAACAGAUCAGAAAAGCUAGGGGGAUCUAAUACUUCAUGGCAGGAGUCAAGUUGUUGGCUCCUGCGCAACUGUCUUAUUUGUUGUCAUUUCUUUGCUUUUCAAAUGCAGUUUUUCUUCUUACUCACAAGAAAGCUUCUUCCCUCAUUUUCGUUCUUAUGCUCCUCCCAUCGUUUAUAGCCGACUCCCAGCCGACAAUUUCAUUAGUGUUGUGGUGUACAUGUGAUGGGUGAGCUGAUACAGUACUUUGCUCUACUUCGACUGAAGUUGAAACAAAAGCGCUUUUUGAAUGUCUCAAAUUAACACAGGAAUAUAGAUCAGACGGUAUGUCUCAAGGCUCAACGACUUGGCCUUGGCGGGGGUGCUGUCGCCGCGAUAGGAUCUUUCAUCUCUCAAUUUUUAGAGUGAACUUGCAAAUUAAGGUCUAAGCAGUAUCUAGAAAAUAUAAUUCCGGAACUUAUUGGGUCACUCACUCGUUCGCUGGCAAUAAUUUCACUUCCAGAUAACUUAAAUAAUGUUCUAGAUCUAAUUUUCGAUCUUUCAAUUUGUACACUCUAUCUUUUAUACAGGAGGCUAGUAUGCUUACAGAAGGCUCGGAGGAAAAUGCGCAAGGGAUGCCUAAAAGAGUUCACUUAGCUACACAGCCAAAGCCUUUUAGCUUUAGGGAGCCGGUGCAAAUCGACCUUGAUGCAUUAAGGUACGAUCAAUCUUUCUGUAAAAAAAACAAAAAAUCAUGAAGUUCUAACUAGAAUAUAACUAAUUUACAGUGACAAAAUGAGCCAGCAUUUCUUCCUAGAUCAUCGCAACAAUCUGUGGAAUGUCCACGGAUUGUAUUCCACGUGGAACCAGGCGAAAAACAUUACACAGCUUUUAUUUCAUGUAUCAACGAUCCACGUUGCCGCUUUGCGUUUGCACACAGCCACUUCAGUUUACCCGCUGAAACGGUGACGCGUGCUCUCAGAAGACUGCAUCUGUGAGCCCUACUGGGCCUUGUCCUGGAGUGUUGACUCCAUGGGCCUACCUCGAGUUCGUCUUGGACCGUGGCCUGGCCCACCGAAUAUAUUAUCACACAAGUGGAUAAAUUUUGCUCGGGUGGGUAAGAUUUCCCAUAGGCAUCCCUUUUAAGUGGUUUGUUGUUGGAUGUAAUUAGUCAUGACAAUUUGGAUCCGUUUCGUCGGGUAUUAUCUGAUCUGAUUUGUGAUUGGACCCGACCUAACUAUGUCGCUGCGUUUCAAAUUGUAUACAAAUAUAAUUAUUAGAAUUUU